UGCAAUAACUCCUCCUCGCCACUUCCUCUCCACCUGUUCCCUUUCCUCCUUUCUCCCUUUCCCUUCCGCUCCUUCCGUCCCUCUAAUGGCCUCUCCCAUGGUGCCUUCUUCCCUGAACCCACCUCAACCUCUUUCUUGCAUGCACUGAGCCCUAAUCUCUUUCAGUUGCUCUCCGCCUGUUGGAGAACGAGGAGAGGAGGAGAGAGAAAUGUAUAUGUGCGUGUGUGCAUGUCCCAGGAGUAGAUCUUAGUCAUAUGAGCCUCUAAGCUUCGUUCUUUGCUUAGAUAUCAAGUUACAUGGCGUUAAUCGCCGUGUAUCUCGUCUUUCUCUCUCCUCUGCGUCUAUAAAACUUGCAGGUAGUUCAGAAACCCAACCAUAGUCCAAUCUGCAGUCCUCUGGCUAAGAGGAAUCGACACCGAGAGAGAGAGAGAGAGAGAGAGAGAGAGAGAGAGAGAGAGGAGGGGGAAGGAUCAGGGUUUGGUCAAGAGAAAUAUGCCUGUGGGGAUCAUGAUACCAGCAAGACAAGCACCGUCCAUGAUCGGGAGGAACGCCGGCACCAGUUAUGGAUCCUCAUCAGUGCUGUCGCUCAGCCAGCCGAACUUGUUGGAGGGGCAGCAAAUCCCACUUCAGUACCAGCAUCACAACCAGCUGAUGGAGCUCGCACCGACGACCACAGGAGAGAGCGAGAUGCCGAGGGCACGAGAGGAGGACUUCGAGAGCAAGUCGGGAAGCGAGAACAUCGAGGUUGCGUCCGGCGAUGACCAGGACCAGAGCCAGCGGCCACGGAAGAAGCGCUACCACCGCCACACACAGCACCAGAUCCAAGAAAUGGAAGCUUUCUUCAAGGAAUGCCCUCACCCUGAUGACAAGCAGAGGAAGGAGCUCAGCAGAGAGCUCGGCCUCGAACCUCUCCAAGUCAAGUUCUGGUUCCAGAACAAACGCACCCAGAUGAAGAACCAGCACGAGCGGCAAGAGAACAACCAGCUGCGAGCCGAUAACGAGAGACUCCGUGCUGAGAACUUACGGUAUAAGGAGGCCCUCAGCAACGCCUCGUGCCCCAACUGCGGCGGGCCUGCCUCCCUCGGCGAGAUGUCCUUCGACGAACACCACCUCAGGAUCGAGAACGCUCGGCUUAGAGAAGAAAUCGAUAGGAUAUCAGGGAUCGCCGCCAAGUACGUCGGCAAGCCGAUGGCGUCGUACCCGCUGCUCUCGCCUUCCGUCCCUUCCCGCCCGCCGUUGGAUCUCGGCGUCGGAGGCUUCGGCGGCCAGCAGGGCGUCGGCGGGGAGAUGUUCGGGCCGGGAGAGCUGAUGAGGAGCGUGUCGGGUGCGGCCGAGACGGACAAACCGAUGGUCGUCGAGCUUGCGGUGGCCGCCAUGGAGGAGCUCAUCCGGAUGGCGCAGCUGAACGAGCCGCUGUGGAUACCCGCCGGGCUUGACAACGCCACCGAGGCCCUCAACGAGGAGGAGUACGUCAGGACGUUCCCGAGAGGGAUCGGUCCACGGCCGUUCGGGCUCAAGUCGGAGGCAUCGCGGGAGACGGCGGUGGUGAUCAUGAACCAGAUGAACGUGGUGGAGAUCCUCAUGGAUGUGAAUCAGUGGUCGAAUGUGUUCUCGGGCAUCGUGUCGAGGGCCAUGACGCUCGAAGUGCUCUCAACUGGAGUGGCAGGCAACUACAAUGGGGCUCUGCAAGUGAUGACAGCAGAGUUCCAAGUGCCAUCUCCACUCGUCCCAACUCGAGAGAGCUUGUUCGUGAGGUACUGCAAGCAGCACGCUGAUGGAACCUGGGCAGUGGUUGACGUUUCCCUCGACAGCUUGCGCCCCAGCCCAGUCCUGAGAUGUCGAAGAAGGCCAUCCGGUUGCCUGAUCCAAGAGAUGCCUAAUGGUUACUCGAAGGUUACUUGGGUGGAGCACGUCGAAGUGGAUGACAGGUCUGUUCACAGCAUCUACAAGCCAUUGGUCAACUCGGGCCUGGCGUUCGGUGCAAGGAGGUGGGUCAGCACCUUGGACAGGCAAUGCGAGCGGCUCGCGAGUGUGAUGGCCAGCAACAUACCCUCAGGAGACGUCGGUGUGAUAACUACACCGGAGGGCAGGAAGAGCAUGUUGAAGCUGGCUGAGAGGAUGGUGAUGAGCUUCUGCGGCGGUGUCAGUGCUUCGACCACACAUCAAUGGACUACUUUGUCUGGAAGUGGUGCGGAGGACGUGAGGGUUAUGACGAGAAAGAGCGUGGAUGAUCCCGGUAGGCCUCCUGGUAUCGUCCUCAACGCCGCCACCUCCUUCUGGCUUCCGGUCCCGCCGAAGAGGGUCUUCGAUUUCCUUCGUGAUGAGAGCUCGCGCAGUGAGUGGGAUAUCCUGUCGAAUGGGGGUGGCGUUCAAGAGAUGGCUCACAUCGCCAAUGGCCAGGAUCAUGGGAACUGUGUCUCCUUGCUGCGCGUCAACAGCACGAACUCGAACCAAAGCAACAUGCUGAUACUGCAGGAGAGCUGCACCGACGCGACGGGCUCGUACGUGAUCUACGCGCCGGUGGACGUCAUCGCCAUGAACGUGGUGCUCAACGGCGGCGACCCCGACUACGUCGCCCUCCUGCCGUCAGGGUUCGCCAUUCUUCCCGACGGGCCAUGCGGCGGCGGAGGAAGGGUGGAGGAAGUAGGCUCCGGUGGCUCCCUGUUGACUGUGGCGUUCCAGAUCCUGGUCGACUCCGUCCCCACUGCCAAGCUCUCCCUCGGAUCGGUCGCGACGGUGAACAGCCUCAUUGCUUGCACCGUCGAACGGAUCAAGGCUUCAGUUGCAGGCGAAGUGGCUCGCUGAGAAUAGCAAGCACGCGGCAUGGAUAGGAGGAGAGGAAGUUGGGGGAGGGUGGAGAUUAGGACAUCAUCUGUGGGAAGUCAAGAACGCACCUCACACUAACCUUGGCUCUCGGCCACCGCCGCCGCCAUGCAAGGAGGGCUGGUUCGGGUAUUGACUUCCCCCCAUUUCAUGACUACAACCACAGUUCUCUCGCUCUGUCUCUCUCUCUCUCUCUCCUAUCGAUCCUUUUGUGUUGCUGGCCUUGAAGUGUUCGUUGAAGUGUUCGUUUUGAGCUUUGGUGUUCCUUGCUUUCAGAAUCUUGUUUGCUUUGGAACCUGCAUUGGUGUGAAGGAUAGUAUUGAAGACAUGCUUUGGAACCUGCUA